CCUUCUCCACGCGAGUCAUCGUCAUAGUCUCAUUAUUUUGAAACCCCACUAAUUCCAUCUGAAAAAAAUCGCCUCGCCGCCGCCGCCGGGGAACAUGGCGGAGCGGCGGUACACCGAGCAAGAGACGGCGCUCGAGAUCAAAUCCCUCCGCCGUAUCGUCGCCGCCUACUUCAACUAUCAAGAUGCAGCAGAGAAAGAUGUCAGGAGAUAUGAACGGUCAUUCAAAAUGCUUUCUCCUGCCCACAAGGAACUUCUAUUUCACCUUGGUCUGAAGUACCAAAGAUUAAGAUGGUGUAUAUCCAUGAAUGCAUCUUUUGUCAUGAAUAUGCUUGAGGCAUUUGAUCCUCCUUUCGACAUGAGUCAGAAUGAAGAUGGUGAUUGCCAUGAUUGUGCGGAGCACAUGCAUGGAAAUAAUCAUGCGGAUUGUGCUCAUUCUAGUGAGAGGUCUGAUUUCUCAAAAAGUGUUGUCACCACAAAUAAUUCCGCAUUGCACGCCCAACAUGAUUGCCCCAGGGAAGAUGCGAAGAGUAAUGAAUGUUGUGGAGAAGCUGGGAAUAAAAAGGAUGAGAAAGUUCACAUAGUGGGUUGCUCCCAACAUGCUGUCCCCAACUUGGGGACAUCCCAGGGUGUGGAUAAAUCAUGUAAUGGUGGUGAAGACGCAAGUGCAGCUGCUAACUAUCACGAUGCAGAUUGCUUUGCAUCUUCUACUGAUGAAAAUGCAACUCCAGGGCACAACAUGCCUCCAGAUUUUCACUUGGAUGUUCCUCCAGUUGAUGUUGACAAAGUAAGAUGCAUCAUAAGAAAUAUUGUGAGAGACUGGGCCCAGGAGGGUCAGAUUGAACGUGAUGAGUGCUAUAAACCAAUUCUUGAGGAACUUAAUCGUCUUUUUCCUGACCGGAGCAGGCCUCCAUCAUGUUUAGUCCCUGGUGCUGGGCUUGGGAGAUUGGCUCUGGAGAUUUCUUCGCUGGGUUUUGUAAGCCAGGGAAAUGAGUUCUCAUAUUACAUGAUGAUCUGUUCAAAUUUCAUUUUAAACCACACUCAAGAGGCCAAUGAAUGUACUAUUUAUCCUUGGAUACACAGCAACUGCAAUUCUCUCUCAGACAAUGAUCAACUCCGGCCUGUCUCAUUUCCUGAUAUUCACCCCUCAAGUGCUGGGAUAACCGAAGGGUUUUCUAUGUGCGCUGGAGAUUUUGUGGAGGUCUACAGUGAAAAAAGCCAAGAAUCUGCAUGGGAUGCUGUUGUAACUUGCUUCUUCCUGGAUACGGCACACAAUAUUGUUGAAUACAUUGAAAUUAUAUCAAAACUUCUCAAGGAUGGUGGGGUCUGGGUAAACAUGGGUCCACUUCUGUAUCACUUUGCUGAUUCCUAUGGACCAGAUGAUGAUAUGUCUAUCGAACUAAGUUUGGAAGACGUGAAAAGGGUGGCUUACCAUUAUGGAUUUGUGCUGGAGGUGGAGAAAAUGAUAGAUACCACUUACACAGCAAAUAUGGCAUCAAUGAUGCAGAAUCGAUACCGCGCAGCAUUUUGGACAAUGAGGAAGGAUGCAUCUCGAUCAAAAGCAAAAAAGUGCCAGUGAGGUGGAGAUCCUUCAGUGUGAUUCGCAUCCAAGUUGUUUAAAUCUAGAGGAAGAUGGAGCUGUGGUCAGUCAAUUGGGGAUAUUUAUCCAGAGGCUGGAAGCCUCCUAGGUAGGACAAAUAAAGAGGAUCGUUUCGUGCCACCAUUUCAUAGCAUGAUACUCAAACCUUAUAGCCAAUCGUGAAUCCUGUGAUAGAAUCUGUGUGCCAUUACUUAGCAAGUGGUGAUGUACCGAUGACUAUACCCCGGGGCCAUCUGCGUGCUAUAAGAAGAAAAAGAGAUGUAACUGUAUUUUUUCUUUUAUAGCAAGAGAUGUACUGUAUUGUUUGUACAA